GGGGUGGCGGCCCCGCCCCGGGAAAGGCGGGCCAGGCCCGGCGUAUUUGAGGCGCAGAGCCGGCCGACGCCCAGCCAGGACGACAGCACCUCUUCCGAAGCCACCUCCGCGGCGCGCGAGCUAGUGCCGAGGCGUCCGGAAAAUGGCAGACAGUUUUUCACUUAAUGAUGCCGUACAUGGGUCUGGAAACCCAAACCCUCAAGGAUGGCCUGGUCCAUGGGGAAACCAGCCUGCUGGGGCAGGAGGCUACCCAGGAGCAUCCUAUCCUGGGGCCUACCCUGGACAGGCACCACCCGGCGCCUACCCUGGCCAGGGACCUCCUGGGUGUUACCCAGGCCAGGCACCUCCAGGGCCCUACCCUGGCCCAACUGCAUCUGGUUAUCCUGGACCAACUGCACCUGGUUAUCCUGGACCAACUGCACCAGGUGCCUACCCCGGGCCUGGGGUCUACCCACCUCCUGGACAGCCAAGUGCUCCUGGAGCCUGCCCUGCUGCUGGCCCUUAUGGCAUCCCUUCUGGACCCCUGAAUGUGCCUUAUGACCUGCCUUUUUCUGGAGGAGUCAUGCCUCGCAUGCUGAUAACAAUCCUGGGCACAGUAAAGCCCAAUGCUAACAGACUUGCUUUAGAUUUCCAGACAGGGAAUGAUGUCGCCUUCCACUUUAACCCGCGCUUCAAUGAGGACAACAGGAGAGUCAUCGUUUGCAAUUCGAAGCUGAAUAAUAACUGGGGGAAGGAAGAAAGACAGACGGUUUUCCCAUUUGAAAGUGGUAAACCUUUCAAAAUACAAGUCCUGGUUGAAGCCGACCACUUCAAGGUUGCGGUCAAUGAUGCUCACUUGUUGCAGUACAAUCAUCGGGUGAAAAAUCUCAGGGAAAUCAGCAAACUGGGAAUUUCUGGUGACAUAAAUCUCACCAGUGCUUCGCACACCAUGAUAUAAAGGGGCAGAUACUUUUUAAAGAAAUGAAAUUGAACGUAAACCUUACACAUUUAAAAGCUUCAUGUUCACUAUGAGUGAAAAAUUUUACCUUUAUUCAUCAAUGUCCUUCUUGCAAAUCAUCCAUUUAAUAAAGAGAGUUACCUGUC